ACCAUGCCCAGCAUCACCACCAGCCUCAGUACCACCAUGCCCAGCAUCACCACCAGACUGGGUACCACUGGGAUGGGCAUCACCACCCGACUGGGUGUCACCCAGUCUGGAAUCACCACCCGACUGGGUACCACCAUGCCUGUCACCACCACUGGACUGGUACCAUCGUGCCCAGCAUCACCACCGGACUGGGGACCACAGGAUGGGCAUCACCACCGGACUGGGGGUCACCCAGUCUGGAAUCACCACCCGACUGGGUACCCAGCAUCACCACCGGACUGGGUGUCACCGUGCCUGGAAUCGCCACCAAACUGGGUGUCACUGUGCCUGUCACCACGACCAAACUGGGUACCAUCAUGCCCAGCAUCACCACCGGACUGGGUACCACAAGACUGGGGACUACCAAACUGGGUGUCACUAUGCCUGGAAUCACCACCAGACUGGUACCAUCAAGCCCAGCAUCACCACUGGACUGGGUGUCACCGUGCCUGGAAUCACCACCCGACUGGGUACCAUCAUGCCUGGCAUCACCAUCGGCCUCAGUACCACCAUACCCAGCAUCACCACCGGACUGGGUACCACUGGGAUGGGCAUCACCACCAAACUGAGUGUCACCGUGCCUGGAAUCACCAUCAAACUGGGUGUCACCGUGCCUGUCACCACCACUGGACUGGUACCACCAUGCCCAGCAUCACCACCGGACUGGGUGUCACCCAGUCUGGAAUCACCACUGGACUGGGUACCCAGCAUCACCACCAAACUGGGUGUCACCCAGUCUGGAAUCACCACCAGACUGGUACCAUCAAGCCCAGCAUCACCACCGGAUUGGGUACCACCAGACUGGGGACAAUCGGGAUGGAUGUCACCACCAAACUGGGUGUCACCCGGUCUGGAAUUGCCACCGGACUGGGUACCAUCAUGCCCAGCAUCACCACCAGACUGGGGACCGCUGGGAUGGGCAUCACCACCAAACUGGUUGUCACCCAGUCUGGAAUCACCACCAGACUUGGGUACCCAGCAUCACCACCGGACUGGAUACCAUCAUGCCCAGCAUCACCACCGGACCCGGUACCACCGGGAUGGGCAUCACCACCGGACUGGGUGUCACCGGGGAGGCCACCACCAUCGGACUGGGUACCACUGGGAUGAGCAUCCCCACCGGACUGGGUGCCACCGGGACGGGCAUCACCGGCACAGGGGGGGUGUUGCCGAGCCAGACACCGCCGUGCCACGCGGCUACAGCCGGGGCACAACAAAGGGAGAGGGCACACGCAUGUGCCAGGAACGAGGCAGAGCACAC